UAGCCUCAGUAGCUUUAUUUGUAUCUACUUGCAGAAGGAAAAAUGGCUGAACAUAGAGACCGAACACCACAGUAUAGAGCAAGUCUACAGUCAUUCAAUGAGAAGAUGAAAACCUACAAAGGGAUGAUCAGUCCAGAUGUAAUGUUGAGGUUGAAUAGGACACCAUUCUGGGAGAUCAUAUUUGUCUUCUAUCACGGACUUUUAAAAGACAAUGAAUGCAGAAAAGUAGAUGAGGACAUUCAUAGAAUGGUCAAGACAUACGACGUCAGUCAGAAAGGGUUUCUGCUUGGGGAAAGGAUACACAAAAUAACUCGUGAAGAUGUAGCUAUCUGCCUUGGAAUGCGAUUGGAAGGAGUCACAUUCGAGCUAAACAAGCACCACCAAAAGCCAACAAAGAAUCGGAUGAUCGACAAGUAUUUUGGAGGUGCAAAGAAAGUGACAAAAGCGAUGAUCGAUAGUGCACUUGCCGAAUCUUUGAAAGACCCAAAGAAUCAAGUCCCAAGUGAAGUGGCAUCGCUAAUCGUCAUGAAUCUGUUCGUAUCCUUCUUGUUCUGCACCUCAGGUUCUACAUUGUCAUGGAAGUUGGUAGAAAUUGGAACCGAAUGGAAUUCUUGGCGACGAUAUUCAUGGGCAACCUUGGUAUUAGACCAUCUGCACAAUGGUCUAAGUAAGAAGCAGGAAGACAAAGAUGUCAAUUUGUCAGGUUGUUUGCCGCUAAUCAUGUAUUGGUUAGCUGAGAAGACAAAGAUGGGAGGAGCAAUCAAGAGAAAUGAAUUAGGGUCGCCAAAUUUCAUAAGAUGGUCACUCAUUGAGCUGCACAAAGAAAUGGAGAAACUAACCAAUGAGCAGAUAGAGGAAAUGUUUGACCGAAAGCUGACAGAGGAAGACUUGGAAGUGGCAAUGCAUGACAUCAGAGGAAGAAACAGAGGAGUAGCAUCAGAAGAAUCAAACGAAGAGCUGAGGGAGGAAGACUUUGUAACUCCAACUUUUGGAGAGUGGCACCAGAAAACCAACCAAGAACGGCGAAAAGAAGAAGCAGAAAGUCAGAAGCGAAUGAAGGACUUAAUAGGCUCGUUGGAAGAAGCAACAACUCAGAUGAGUCUCUCACAAGAAGAAAACCAGAAAACUCAAGACUUGUUGAAGAAGUUGACGGAAGAGAAUGAAAAGCUAGCAAGGCAGAAUGAUAGAUAUUGGGAGAUGUUGGACAAAGCCUUUGAGGAAGACAAUAUAGCAACAAGGAAGAUACAUAUCUUGCAGAACAAAUUGUUGAAGAAGUGGAAAGUUUUUACAACCAUUGAGAAGGAAAAAAAGAACUUGGAGGACGUCAUUGAGCAGCAGAGAGAAAUUAUACACAAUCUGGAAAAUGAAUUACUGGAAAUGGAAAGAAAGCUACUGGAGAAAGAUAUGUUGGAUUCUCAAGAGGAUUUACGGAAAGAUGAUAUAGAAAACAGUAACAGUGAUGGUGAGGAUGGUGAGGAAGAGGGUGGAGAAGGAGCUGAUGGUGAAGAUGGUGAGGAAGAGGGUGGAGAAGGAGCUGAUGGUGAAGAUGGUGAGGAAGGUGAAGAAGGGGCUGAUGGUGAAGAUGGUGAGGAAGAGGGUGGAGAAGGAGUUAAUGGUGAAGAUGGUGGAGACGAUGAUGAAGAACCUGAAGUGAGAACAACCAGAACGAAGCACACAUCAAUAAGAAAAGAUAAAGAAGGCAGGUCUUCUCAGAAACAGGAAGCAAAGAAACAAUCAAGGAGAAGGGAAAGGGUGAAAAAAGCUGCUGCUGAAGAAGAAGCUGCUGAUGAAGAAGAACCUGAAAAAGAACCCAUUAAAAAGAUGAAGAAAGGGAAGAAGCAAGCUGUAAAGAGAAAUUCAAUGGUGGAUCGAAUCAAGAACAAAAAAGGAAGGCUACUGAAGACAAGGAGUUCAUGUAUACCACUAAAAGAACAAGGAGUGGCAAGAGGCAUUAGAGGAUAA